AUGUCACUUUUCGGUACACCCCAGCCUGCCCAGGCAGGUGGUGGUCUAUUUGGUGGUGCGGCAAAUACGGCGCAGAAGCCAGCAGGUGGCAUGUUCGGUGCCAGCGCAGGGACAGGCACCCAAACCAGCGGAGGAUUAUUCGGCGCGACACCGAACCAGCAACAGAGCACUCCCGCAACAGGCGGUGGCCUCUUCGGGUCCUCUACAUCAAACCAGACUCAACAGCCGCAGCAAUCGGGCGGGCUAUUCGGGUCAAGCACCGCGCAAAAGCCUGCAGGCGGAGGCUUAUUCGGGGGUCUCAGGGCAAUCCACCCAACAGCAACAACCCCAGCAACAACAGACUGGAGGACUUUUCGGAUCGAGUACGGCACAGAAGCCCGCGGGAGGAGGCCUCUUUGGUCUAGGACAAUCGACUCAACAACAGCAGCCUCAGCAACAGCAGCAGACUGGCGGACUUUUCGGUGGGCUGGGCCAACAGCCCCAGCAAUCUCAGCAGGCACAACAGCCUCAGCAGUCGCAAUUCGGCCAGACAACUAUGGCUACGCCACAAAACCAACAACAACAAUCUCUGUCCUCGAGCCUGUGGUCUCCUGGCCGCGCUAUCACCGGAGGUAA